UGGGAUGUAAAUGAGCAAAUUUUACAAUUUGUAAAUGGACAGGGAUGUAAUUUGUCUUUAAACAGUAAGUAUAUAACAGAAUUACACCUGCAAUUCUGUACCCUGAGUGCUGAAAGAGAACACCAAUCAUCCAUCCAUCAUUUACCUCCUCCAUAUUUCACUGGACCUGAAGACCAGACUUGCAUCAGUGAUUUCAGGACUUUGAAGACCAUGGAGAAAAUAAUUGUUUUGUUCCUCUUCAUCAGAGUCUUCACACUUCAAUGCCAUGCACAGAAUGAGCUUUCAUUUAAUGACCUGGCAAAACUUUAUCCAGAAUGGAAGAAUCCUGAUUGGAUGAGGCAAGCUAAUGAGGACAUUCUGCUUUCGGAAGUCACUAUCCCCGGUGCCCAUGAUGCAACAGCUUUACGCGGUGGAAGGUUUGCAGAAUGUCAGGCGUGGAAUUUAGAAGACCAGCUUUCAGCAGGGCUGAGAUACUUUGAUCUCAGAGUAGAUGGCUCACUGCAACUGGUUCAUGGACGUAUAAAAAUGAAUAUGAUGUUGGAUGAGGUGCUUGGCACCAUAGUGAAAUUUCUGAAGGAGCACAAUAAAGAAACUGUUUUACUUAGAGUGAAACCAGAAAAUGGAAAGGAUACUGUAUUUCCACUGACUAUGGCAUUAUUAAAUCAAGACAACAUAAAGCCAUUUGUAUACAUGUUAGAUGGAGGCAGUGACAACAAUCCAAAACUUAAAACUGUUCGAGGAAAGAUUGUUUUGCUAAAGCUUCCAGGUAAAUUUAAUUUUGGGAUAUCCUAUUUUUCUACACAUAAAAAAAAUGAACAUGUUGUCAUAAAUAUUAAUAAGAAGCUGGCAAUAAUACAUGAACAUUUGACUACUGCCACUGAAAAAUGCAAAGAGUCUGUAACUUUGACGUACACCAGCGGGACAGGCCUAAGCUUUCUAACUGCAAUACCUGCUCUAAUCUAUAAACGUACUCCAAAAAAUGUGGCCAAGCAUAUCAACCCUAAGAUAGUGGUGGAUUUAGUGAAGAAUUAUUUUAGAGACAACUGCCUUGGCAUAAUCGCUAUGGACUUUCCUGGACCCGAACUGAUUGCUACAAUCAUACAAUAUAACUUCCUUGAUGAGAAUAAUAAUAAUAAUAAUAAUAAUAACAACAACAAUAAUAAUAAUAAUAAUAAUAAUAAUAACAACAACAACAACAACAACAACAACAAUUAGAAUAAUAAUAAUAAAAAACUCAAACAGUAAUGAUGGAAUUCCUGUGACCAUGUUCAUAUAGCAACAACAUACUAUUUGCACCAGUCAUCUUCUACACAGUUCAGCCAUUUUAAUACCUGGUUCAAACAGUCACUCUGGCAGAGCAAACAUAAGAAAUCCUGAGUAAUACUGUGCUGACAUCAAUUUUGAAAUAAUAAAAUCCCAAAAGGCUGGAUAGACCCACUCUGAAUGAUUUCCUUUAUAUUUUUUGUUUAGAGGCAAUGGUGUAUGGGAGUUGUUGCAUAUAUAUUGUUAUAACAAGAAAUUAAAAAAAUGAGUCCA